CCUGGUUGAGGGGAAAAUGGACAUUUUCUCGUAUGUUUCCGUGACAUGGAGUCUGGUGGUGCUGGUGAUCACACUCCUGUAUAUUUAUGGCGUUUGGCCGUAUGGAUUUUUUAAAAAGCUGGGGAUCCCGGGACCGAGACCCUGGCCUUUCUUCGGAACCUUUCUUUCAUAUAUAAAGGGAAUUCACAAUUUCGAUACAGAGUGUUCCAAGAAAUAUAGAAAGGUUUGGGGGAUCUAUGAUGGAAGGUUGCCAGUCCUAUUGGUGUUGGAUCAUGAAAUGAUCAAAUCCAUUAUGGUGAAAGACUGUUAUUCUGUCUUCACCAACAGAAGGGAAAUGAUCAAGGAGUUGGUUGGACCCUUUUCUGAUGGGAUAACUGUUGCAAAAGAUGAGAAGUGGAGGCGGAUCCGUGGCUCACUCUCUCCGUUCUUCACAAGUGGACGAUUGAAGGAGAUUUUCCCAAUAGCUGAGAAAUAUGGAGAUCGCUUCAUUGAGAACCUGAAGAAGAGAAGCCCAGAAGAUCCAGUUAACAUUAAAGAUACUUUUGCUCCCUUCUCGAUGGAUGUGGUUGCCAGCGCCUCCUUUAGUGUGGAUAUUGAUUCUAUAAACAACCCAGAUGACCCAUUUGGUGCCCACAUCAAGAAAUUUUUCAACUUCAGUUUCUUCAGUCCUUUUUUCCUGUUCCUGAUUCUGUUUCCCUCCACCGCUGGGCUUCUUGGUAAAAUGGGAUUUUCAGUGUUUUCAAAGUCACAAUUGGAAUUCUUCUACACUUCUCUGAAGAAGAUAAAAGAUCAGCAUAACAACAUGAAUCAUAAACGAGUGGACUUUAUGCAGCUCAUGAUCCAGGGCCAGAUAUCUGAUCAUCAGGCUGAGAGUAGCUCAGAAGAGCAACCAAUCAAAGGGCUGACUGACCAGGAGAUCUUGUCCCAGUCCUUCAUUUUUAUGCUUGGGGGUUAUGAGACCACCAGCACCACACUCACUUUUCUGCUGUAUAAUCUCGCCACUAAUCCAGACUGCUUAAACAAACUGGUGGAAGAGAUUGAUAAAACAUUUCCUCAUGAUGCUCCAGUUACAUAUGAUGCCCUGAUGAAGCUGGAGUACCUGGAAAUGGUCAUCAAUGAGUCGAUGCGUCUCUUCCCCACCGCCCCCCGUCUGGAGAGGGUGUGUAAGAAGACUGUCGAGCUAAAUGGAAUCACCAUACCUAAAGACACGCUGGUCGCGAUCCCGGCGUAUGUCCUGCACAGGGAUCCACAGCUGUGGGAAUCUCCAGAAGAGUUCAGGCCUGAGAGGUUUAGUCCAGAGAACAACAUCAACCCCUACCUGUUCAUGCCGUUCGGUCUCGGGCCGCGUAACUGUGUGGGAAUGAGGUUUGCUCUGAUGAUCAUGAAGCUGGUGGUGGUGAAGCUGCUGCAGAACUUUAACGUGGAGACAUGCAAAGAGACACAGAUUCCCCUUCAGCUGGAUACUCUUACCCGUCCAAAAGUUCCUGUGACCCUGAAAUUUAUACCAAGAGCUCACAAAGAGGAAUAGCUGAAUAGUUCACUAUAAAACUGGAUCUUUUAGAAAUUAUUUUGUACUUUUUUAAUUAACAGUAUAACUAAUCAUUACAAACCUGCUGCUUUUUAUACAAAUCCUUGUACCUCUAUUUUUAUUUUUAUACAUUUGUACAUUUUAAAUAAGCAUUUCUUUUCCUUUUUUGCAAAGUUGCCAUAUUUUGCUAUUCUCUCAUUUCAGUGCUAUUUACAAUUAUACUAUUUACAAUUAUAUUUAGAUUUAGGCAGAAGUGCAUUACCGGCCGAUAACGGCACUCACAGACCGCCUCUCAGCCAAUCACAUUGCAGGGUCGGAACUAACUAUGGUAAAUUAUGUAAUUAUAUAAAUACUAUCAAAAUACUAUAUAAAUACUACAUAAAUAAAUACAGCUCAAAGAAGGACAUGCUCUGAUUUUUAUUUAGUAAAAGUAUUGUUAUUGGUAUUAAUAUGCUCUUUCUUUUCUUGGUAUCAGAUUGAUUUAGUAUCGCUCAUCACUAGUCUAAAACUGCUGGUCCAUACCUGCAGCUGGCUCUCAGGCUCUGCAGAUAAAUGCUGUUGGUGACUGAGGAGCAGCGGUAAAGAGAAGAACGUGUUUUUUUUUUAUGAAAAUAUAAUAAGUUAAUUAUAAACUGUAUCUAUGAUACUUCACAGCAUCUGUAUUACUAAAGAGAAUAAAAUACUACCUGGAA